GCCGCUCUGUCCGGGGGCGCGGGACCGGCGGCACAGGAUGGCGGAGGAGAGCGGCGUCUGCAGCUUUGUGUUCAAGAAGCGGGUCCGAGCCGCGGGCAGGGGCCGGCGAAAACGGUCCGGCAGCGACCAGGAGCGGGAGAGCAGCGGGGAGGAGGGCAGCACCGUGGUGCGGAAGGAGCGGCGGCGGGACACCCCCAACCCUAUGAUUCAGAAGACCCGGCGCUGUGCGAGGGAGAGGCCGGAGUACGCGCCGAGCAGCAGCGAGGACGAGGAUCCUGCCAAGGAGAUCGGAGUCACCUACAAAUCGACCAGGUCGGCGAAACCUGUUGGCCCAGAAGACAUGGGAGCCACAGCAGUGUAUGAACUGGACACAGAGAAGGAGAAGGAUGCCCAGGCCAUCUUUGAGCGCAGCCAAAAAAUUCAGGAGGAGCUGAGAGGAAAGGAAGAUGAUAAAAUUUACCGUGGCAUUAACAACUACCAGAAGUACGUUAAGCCCAAGGACACAUCGAUGGGAAACGCCUCUUCAGGAAUGGUCAGGAAAGGCCCCAUCCGUGCUCCAGAGCACCUGCGGGCCACGGUGCGCUGGGACUACCAGCCCGACAUCUGCAAGGACUACAAAGAGACCGGGUUCUGCGGCUUCGGGGACAGCUGCAAAUUCCUGCACGACCGCUCGGACUACAAACACGGCUGGCAGAUCGAACGGGAGCUGGACGAAGGCCGCUACGGUGUCAACGACGACGAAAACUACGAGGUGAGCAGCGAUGAGGAGGACAUGCCUUUCAAAUGCUUCAUCUGCAGAGGUUCCUUUAAGAACCCCGUGGUCACCAAGUGUCGGCACUACUUCUGUGAGAGCUGUGCCCUCCAGCACUAUCGCAAAUCCCAGCGCUGCUACGUCUGUGACAAGCAAACCAACGGGGUCUUCAACCCUGCGAAAGAGCUCAUGGCAAAAUUGGAAAAACACAAAGGAGAGGAAGAAGAGGAGCAGCAGUCAGACCAUGGAGAGGAUCCACAGUAGCAGAACACGUUUUGUACAUAACUGAAUAAAGCUUUUGUAGGAUAAAAAAAAAAAAAAAAGCGCACAGCUGUUAGCCAGGGGUUACGUAUCCAACCAGCAGCUACUGAACAGUGUCCACCUGUGCUGGACUCCAGCUUUGCUGCCCUGUGGGGGCACAAGGCAGGACAGGUAAGACUCAAGGGCUGUGGCUGAGUCAUCUGCUCCCCCCAGGACCCCCAGGUGCACCUGGGGAAGGAGGGUGACUGUUCAGUUACUUCAUAACUGCUGCUUCUGACCACAGUGCUGCUGUUUCACUCCUAACUCUGCACCGAUCCUGCAUGGAACAAAGUUAAUUUAAGCCCCUAAUCUUUGAGCAUGGAGCAAGCUGCAGGCAUGGGCAGGGAUGAGAAAUAAGAGCUUGCACUAAGUUCAUCCUUCACCCUAAAAAUGCUAAUGCAUGGGAAAGCAGGCUGGAGGACUGCAUGUACUGGGCAUUUAUUGCCUCUUGUCCUGGUUCCUAGAACUCGAGACAGGGAUAGAACUUCAGUGGGCAACACACUUCUUGAAUCAGCCCUGUUUGUAAAACUUCGUAACAAACCAGGAAAUUAGUAUCUUCUUACAAACAGUAAGAUGAAAUCAGGACCCAAACCUGAUCAUAGUGAGGAAGUAGAACUGGGCCUGCCCUUAACAAACACCACUGCAACUGGGAGAAUUUUACUGAACCUUUCAGAAAAGAGCAAGUCCAGGUGUUUGCAGCUUGUUGCUUUAGUUGAAGUACAUUUCUGAAGCAUGAAGGCAGCUGGCAUAAACUGCUGAGCUGUAUGAAAAUAAGGAGGUAAAAGCAAGCAUGCACAGCCAGCCUGUCACCCUCUGUGAUUCACUUCCAUCAUCCUGCACAAACAGCAGACUUAAAAAACAACUUCAGAAAUAUUUUAUUUGUUUUGGAAAAAAACUAGAGUAACAAACUUUAUCUGGGUUCAAGUACAGUUUAUAAACACAAGGACCUGUUGCCAGCACCACUACUCCAUCAAAUGCACCUACAUAAGGAUUCUCAGUGCUUCAGUAAAGAGUAGACAACCUCCAGCACCCAUGGCCCUUGGAAAAGUCAAACUAAAAGCCUUAAAUACACCUCCAGAAAAACCAAACACCACGGACUGGGGGAGAGCUGCCACAGCAGCAGGGCAAUCACACAGCCAUGAAUCACACGUGAGCAGCUUUUACCCGUCAGUGAGGGAAGGCAGAACAGCAGUGGUAAUGGAAAGGUUAAAGUUCAGUUCUGUACAGGAGUCAUGAGGAAGAAGAUCAGCAUGAAAAUCAAUUUACUUUUCCUCUGUGCCAGGGUAAGUCACUGAGAACAGGCAGGUAAAAUGUUUUGUGCUGUGAAACCAGCCCAGCUAACAAAGUUCAUCUGGAAGGGGAUAAAAAAGCUGGUACAUUGUACAGGCAUCCACACUGCUCUGGUGACCCAGGAAGCUGGAAGGAGAGGCUGGAAGGCCCUGUCUGACCUGGAGUUCAGAGUGCUCAGCACGGAGUGAGAAGUCUUCAAAAGCCCUCUCCAGACUGGAAGAAUCCAGUGCUGCAGAGGAAUGCCCAGUGCAGCAGGAGUGCCUGGAAUGGCAUCUGCUUGUCUUUGAUCUGCCAUUUUCCAUCACAAAGCAGUAACUAAGAAUAUAAUCCCUUUUUUCUCCCCAUUAAAACUUGCCCUGUGACAACACUGUUACAGGAACCUGACUAGUUCUAAGAGAAUGCCCAAAACUAAAAGCUGCCCACCUCCCGUCAACUCUAAGGCACCCUUAAAAGAGAAAGAACCAAAGAGGGCAGGGACAUGCAGCCUCAACUGUGAGGAAGCCAGUGACUUUUAGAAACACAUAAAUAAAGACCAUAACUACACGGACUCACUCAGCCCCCUCAAGUGCUCUACCAGUGCUCAGCUGCAAGAACGGGGGCUCUGAACACUGCACCUUCUGGAAAACUCCACAGAUCCUUGGGUUGAUCCUUUUCCAGCUCAGGUCUGUCAAUUUGUAUCCAGGCUACUUCUUAAGUAAAGAGGCAGUUGAAGUUCCUUCCCAAGGACCUGUAAACUCUUCUGUGUGUAACAUUCAUCAGCUUUUAUGAACAGGACCAAUAAAUUACAAUGUCCAGAAAGCUC